AUGGAGAUGGAGGUGGCAGAUGGUGGUGGUGAUGGAUGGUUGUCAAAAUCGGUGGUUAUGGGGAGAUCGUUUGCAUUGUAUAUUGAUCUGAAUGGGGAACCUGUAGACAUGAGUCUCUCUGAGUUUCUUGUGCAUCUGUCAACAAUGGAUAAUGACUCCAAGAAAGUGAACGAGGUCGUUGACUUUAUUCUUAAUUUAGAAGAAGAAUUGCGCACUAUAGCUUCCUCAGAAUAUCAGUUACCCAACUGCAUGCGCUUUUUAAAAGAUGCUAUUGCUACUCUUCAAAAUGAGAAAUGGAAGUGUGCAAGAAGAAUUAAAAAGAAAGAAACCAAAUUGCUAGAGAGUAAUUUAGAUAUAGCAAGAGGCACCCGGGACAACAAUGAAAAUAAAAACAUGAAUGAAAAACAAAUUGAUGAUAUAUCUGCUCAUUCGUUUCUCGAAAACGAGGCCUCGUCAGAUACUUUGGAUCUAAUAAGAUCCGAGUCAUCUCUUCAAGACGAGGUGCUUGAACCAAUUGUUCAACCCGAAUAUAUUAGACCCGACCCAAAUGUUGUCCUGGAAGUGACCCGGAGGCAAAGGAUGGUUUGGUCCGCGAAUCUUCAUAGAAAGUUUAGGUUUGCUGUGGAGGCGCUUGGUGGGCCUAAAGAAUUUUCUACUGUGACUGUGGAGGUUUUUCAAUUGGCAUUUGGCAAGUGCUUAGAAAUUAUUUACAAGCUCACAACAUCAGCAUCACAGGCAGCCAACAACAGGAGAGCACACCUUUUAAUUUAG